UCCGGUUGAACCUUCUUCGCCUGAGCGGGACGCGGGAAAUGCGAACGUCUCCAGGCGUGUUAUAAUAAUAAUAAUAAUAAUAAAUUUAAACACGGCGGUGGUCCGGUGAUGAUGUAUAACCCGGAGAAAGCGGCCGGAGGAGAAAAAAAACGUGCUCCUCCCGUUAAAGUGCUGUCCUGUCAGCUGCGGACGGCGGAGAGCCAGGGGGAGGCGGCUGUCAGCGGCGACGUCUGGGUCGUCAGGCCGGCCAGGGGUGGCUCUCUUCCGGUGUCGCUGGUGUGGAUGCAGGGGACCGUGCUGGAGGCGCAGCCGGACCGGAACACGGUGCUGCUCAUGGACGAGACGGGCACGUUUACGGUCCAGGGCGUCAACAACAUCCCCAGGGGGAAGCCAUGUUUGUCCCAGGGCAAGUAUGUGAUGGUGAUGGGGGUGAUCCAGGCCGGCCCCCCAGAGCCAGUCAUCCGUGCGGUGAAGAUGGCCGACCUCUCGGAGCGCGCCGAGCUCCACAGGCGGAUGUGGAAGCUGGAGGUGGAGGAGCUGCAGCAGCUGCUGCUGGCCUGAGACCCACAGGACGACCUGCUCUGGUCACGUGUCUCCAGUUGGGUGUGGUAUUGUACAUAUAGGUAAUUGUUGACAAAUAUAAACGUACCCCAGUGUACUGAAGAACGGAUUUCAGACUUUGGCUGGGGAGUCAGACUUCUAUGGCAAUAUUUUGAUGGUGAAAUAAGAGUUGAGGACCUUUUUUAAAAAGGAUAAAUGCGAACAUGUGGUUGAAACAGGUUUUCCAGCAAAAGGUGUGUCUGAUCUUCUGAUGCUUUGGAAAGAAAAUGACUUGCAAUUAUGGGAGCAUCAGUUAUGGCUUACGAUGAUACCAUCGCCUUUGCGAGGAUUUGGUGUUCACUUACAGCAGAUAUUAAAAAUUUUCCAAUUACUUUAAA